AACUACUAAUAAGAUCCAACAAAAAGAAGAAUUCAAAAAGUGCAAAUAUUAGGUACAUAACUUAAACUGCAACAUUACACUUUGUCUUACAAAAAGACUCCCUUUUGUGAUCAUUAAAAACAUCAUUUCCUCAAAUAUAUUGAAGUCUUAAGAAUUUAAACAAGCAAACAUGAUCAUGAACCAUUGUUUGCUAUGGCUGCUGCUGGCUGCAAGCGCCGCCGUGUUUAUUUCUCCGGCGAGUUCUCGGCCGUCAUCGUCGGGCUUCCUAAGCCCGAAAAUAAAGGAAGAGCAAAGGGCAGACUUUGUGAAGAGGGUUCCAGGGCAGCCAAAGGUGAGUUUUAAGCAGUAUGCAGGGUAUGUGACUGUUAAUGCUACUCAUGGUAAGGCACUAUUUUAUUGGUUCUUUCAAGCUGUUGAUGAACCUGCCAAAAAGCCUGUGCUCCUUUGGCUUAAUGGAGGGCCAGGCUGCUCUUCAAUUGGGUAUGGAGAAUCAGAAGAGUUGGGCCCUUUUUCUCCUCAAAAGGGCAGCAAGCCCAAACUAAAGCUCAAUAAGUACUCUUGGAAUAAAGCCGCCAAUCUUCUGUUUCUGGAAUCUCCUGUUGGUGUUGGAUUUUCUUACACUAAUACUAGCAGCGACAUAAGUGAACUUGGUGACACAAUUGCAGCCAGGGAUGCAUAUAACUUUCUAGUAGGUUGGUACAGAAGAUUCCCACAGUUUAAGUCCCAUGAAUUUUAUCUUUCCGGAGAAAGUUAUGCAGGCCAUUAUGUUCCCCAACUUGCCAAGCUCAUUCUCGACAGCAAUAAGAUUGCUGCAAAGAAAGAUCAGAUCAAGUUGAAAGGUUUCAUGAUUGGAAAUGCACUGUUAGAUGACGAUACUGAUCAGAGAGGGAUGGUUGAGUAUGCAUGGAAUCAUGCUGUGAUAUCAGAUCGUGUUUACAGUGAUCUGAAGAAAAACUGUGACUUCAGUAAGAAGAAUCUGACAACAUUGUGCAACAAGGCCUUAACUCAGUACUUUUCUGAGUAUAGACUGAUAGAUAUAUACAGCUUGUACUCUCCAAUAUGUGUCGAAAACCAGACAAGUAUUGACACAAGGAACACUCAGCCUCCUGUAAUUGAUGGCAUUUCUCCUAGACUGUUUUCCAGAUUUGAAGGGUGGCUGAAAAGACCAGCAGCAGGGUAUGAUCCAUGUGCAUCAGGCUACACAGAUGUUUAUAUGAAUAGACCGGAUGUUCAAGCUGCGUUACAUGCUAAUAUUACUAAACUUCCGUAUCCAUGGACUCACUGCAGUAACAAUAUCACUUCUUGGAGUGAUUCUCCAUCCUCGAUACUUCCUACUAUAAGAGAGCUUAUAGACAAGGGUCUUCGCAUAUGGAUAUACAGUGGCGAUACAGAUGGGAGAAUUCCGGUAACAUCAACAAGAUACACUCUUAGAAAAGUCGGGCUUAAAACAGUUCAAGAAUGGACAGCAUGGUAUACCAACUCACAGGUUGGAGGAUGGACAAUCCAGUACGAAGGCUUGAUGUUUGUGACAGUAAGAGGUGCAGGGCAUCAAGUUCCAACAACUAAGCCAAGACAGGCUUUGCAGUUGAUCAACCACUUCUUAGCCGGUAAAAAACUACCAGAUGUUCCGCCUUCGUGAAGGAAUCGAUGAUGUGAAUAUUAUGAUACGGUUUACCUAAUACGGGUGUAUUGUAUGGUGUUUAGUUCCAUUCACCAUAGUCUUUUUGUUCUCUUCUAAGCUUAUAGGAGUUAUAACGUAACUUACACCAAAUGUGAGAGUGAGAAUAUAAAUAUUCAUCAUUGUAUUAUAGAAAUUAAAUUUGAUUUGUAGAACAAUUUUUUGGUAGAAAUGUGCAGAUAAAAGGGAUCAAUAUCUUUAGAAUUUGAUGUAUCCAGGUUUGCAGAAUUUGUUUCAGCAUUUUGUGAACAUCAACUAGCUUAGUUUGUUCCGAAUAUUUACUCUUUGCGGCAGUUGCUUUUGGACUGUAAUGAA